AUGGAACCUAUGGCUUUGGGUAGCCCCACACAUUCUCCUUCAGGAAGUCCAAACGUGGGCUACUUGCCUCCUUUUUUGUUAGGUGAAAUAAAUCCCCCAACUACACCUCGAACGAACAGCUUAUCGCCAACAAAGGGAAGAAGUCUUGCUUUUGGUUCACCAACAAGUCCAUCUCAGACUUCCACGCCCGAUCAAAAAGUUUAUCGCCAGAGUAUGUUAAUGCACCAACAAGCAAUAUAUAAUCAACAACACGUAUUUUCAAACAUUCCAUCCUCACCCAAUGUUUCAUUCUCUACCAAACCAAGUGGACCUCCUAUUGAAGACCUAUUUGAUACUAUAAAGUCUGAACCGUCAAUCAAUAAGUCACUUUUUCAAGAUCACAGUUUUGUUGGUUAUGGUAACAACAAUUCAUUUCUACAGAACUCAAAUGUAAAUAAUGCUUCAGUGAAUAACCAUUCUUUGACGUCACAAUGGCAAGAUGGAUGUCAAGAAAUAGAUGAAUAUUGGAUCACAGUGUUUGGUUUUCCUCCAAAUGCUGCAAAUACUGUGCUAGCCAGAUUCAGCAAUUGUGGAGCUAUUUUAGAUAAGCAAUACCCAACUCAGGGUAACUGGGCACACAUCAGGUAUGCUACUAGAGCCGAGAAAGAGAGAUCACUAGCUUUAAAUGGGAGACAAAUAUUACCUGGUAUCAUGGUGGGAGUUGUUGAAUGUAAAGAUCCACCGAGGAUAAGUGCUCCAAGCCCUGGUGCAUUCCCAGAAAGACAAUCAACUCAAGCAAGAUCUCUGUGUCCUACUCCAAUGUCACAAGCCCCAGUGCCACAAAGGUCAAGUGGACUGAUAUCCAAAGCAUUGGACUAUGUUCUCAGUUGGUGA